AUGGCUCCACCUCAAGGGUCCCUCCAAUACACAUCGCAACCCUGCAAAAUCGUCGUCGGCAACACACAUUUCUACAUACACCAAGAGAUUCUGGAUAAAUUGGCCAUGUUCAUGUUAGAUCUAUCUGCCGACUUCGACACAACUGGAGAGGCUGUCAUCGACUUGCACGGCAUCGACGUCGACGGCUACGAUAUCGCAGCCGUCGGGCGCUUCGUCGAAUUCCUAUACAAAGGGUCCUACACUAUCCCCGACCCCAAACCCGAAGACGGCGAAAACAACAAUGCGCCGACCCCACCAGCCUCCACUUUCUCAACACCGCAUGACAGUCCCGACCGAGACAGUCUCUCCCAAAACCCCGACGCGGCGAUGAGCCCUCGCAUCAACUCCCAAGACACCGCCAUAACAUCUUACACGCAAAAGCAACGAAUGGGUGCUCCAUCUCACCAACCGCACAAAGACUGCACUAACGUCCUAUUCUGUCACGCCCAAGUCUAUAUCUUCGCGGUCCGCAACGAUGUCGAGGAUCUGCGGUCUACGCCGCGCAGCAGGUUCUUAAAUAGGAUGAGUGAGGAUGGGGAUGGGGAUGGGGAUGGGGGUGGGGAGGGGGAGAGGGUUGUCCGAGAUACGGUGGCGCUGGUGAGGUUUUUGGGGGUUUAUGCGAAGGAUCGCGCGGAUGGGCUGAAGAUGGGGAUUGUGAAGAUGGCGGGGGCGGGGGCGGGGAGGAAAUCGGAGGGGUUUGUGGGGGAUAAGCAGUUUCAGAAGGUGUUGGUUGAGGAUGGGGGGAUUUGUUGA